AUGGCAUACAUCGGCUCGAGCUUUAAUAUAUGCCUUCAUUCAUUCAAUCUUUUGUAUUCGUACAAGUUGAGCUUGAUUCAAAUCAGAAAGUGCUAUAGUGAGCCGUUUUUUCAAUGGACCGAAAACCGCAACAUCAAGUGGCUGAAGCAAAUGCGAGGUAUGAGGAGGAAGUAUAAGAAGUACAAUUCGAUUUUGAAGACACUCUUUGUAUUUGCUGAAAAGAACCAGCUACCAAGAACUUCCUUCGGAAUCCAAUUUUGA